CCCCACUCCAACUCCAAGCAUGCAGCCCCGCUCGGCUUCCGUUGCCAGGCUGCCACGCCGUCGCCGUCUCGCCGCCUAAAACCUCCCUCCCCCCCCUCGCACCACUCCGCUCACCUCUCUUCACGCCGCCGUAGCCGGCGAGUAGCAGCGGGUACGUGCCUUUGCGGUGUACCUUAUUGGCUGAGCCUUCCCUUUGCCGAGGAAGAGCACAGAAGCAGGGAGGUCGGCAUGGCGGAGGUGCAUCUAGGUCUGCCAGGUCCCUGGGCGGCGGAUUACAGGGAGAUGGCCGACCACUACACCACUAAGAUCGGUGGAGUCCCUGAUUGGCCAACUGGUGAUAUGGGCUUCAAGCCCGAGACUCUUCAGUGCAGCUUAUGUGGGACCAAGCUUUGUCUUGUUGCUCAGGUACAUGCGCCUGUGGCAAAGCUAAACAUUGAGGAGAGGAUAAUCUAUGUGCUUGUUUGCCCGACACCAGAAUGUGGACCUAAACCUCAAAGUUGGAAGGUUCUAAGAGUUCAAAAAUGCCAUAAUGUUAUGCAAACAGAAGGUGGUGGUGAUGAAUUAGGUCAACCGAAUGGACCUUCUUCUACAAGUCUUCCAGAAGAACAGAAUGAUAAAAAUAAAAUUCCUGAGACAAAUGAUGACGAUUUUGAUCUAGAUGCCUUAGCCGAAGCACUUGAACAAGCUGCAACUUUGGCAUCAAACUCAAAGAAGAAGAACAAAUCGAAGCAUGCUAAUGCUCCUGUAAAACGUCCUGUAUUGAAGGAGCAAGCAUGUGAUCUGAGCAUACCUGUCCUUCCUUGUUUUUACAUACAUUAUAAUAAGGAACUAUAUGGGGGCAAAGGCGCUGUGGGUUCAAGUAGCAGUGAGUUGGUUUUGGACAAAGAAAUCAUGGAUGCCGCAAAUGACGAAGAAGAAAAAUGGGAAGGAGAAAAGUAUGAGUACGAUAGAGCUAUUGGUGCUGACAGAACUUUUUUAAAAUUCAAGAAACGGCUGGAUGCAUAUCCCCAGCAAUGCUUUAGGUAUUCUUAUGGUGGCAAGCCACUGUUGGCUACAACAAAAUUACAAGAUCCUGGCACCUGUAGGCUGUGUGGUUCACCACGCCAGUAUGAACUGCAAUUGAUGUCUCCUUUAUCAUACUUUCUCCAUGAAGCUGGAGACGGUUCCUCAAAUUAUGCACCCAGCAGCUGGACUUGGCUGACUGUUAUAAUAUACACCUGCCCCAAGAGCUGCUGCCCGUCCUCAUGCGGUGGAAAGCCCCAGAGCUGUUGUUGGGGAGCAGCGGAGGAGGAGAUCCUGAUUCAGGAGGAUGAAGUCCUUUAGGAUCUAACCAGUGCUGGUUGAGAAACUAUUCCCGAUUUGAACAUGUAAUAUGCAGUUUUUUUUUGUUCUCCAAUGGUUAGAGUUGUAAAGCUAUCUGAAAUUUUGAAGUGUGUUUUGUUAUUGUGCCCUGGUAUACUGCAGAACUGUCAUACUUCACACAGUAUCAUAUCAGACUAGUAAGAUUUUUUUUUCUUU